GUGGUUGCGAAGCCUUGAGGAAUUUUGUUGACUCCAGUGAGAGCGCGAGACCCUCGAAAAAUUCACCCAAGAUCGUCACAAAAUUCCACCCACAUGAUCACACAAGUGAUCAUGGAAGAGACAUCCACAGGCUUUUUCUCACUUUUUCGAUCAUCAUUGGCGCCUUUUUCACAUAAAUUAGCAAUUUGGCCAGCGAGACAGUGGAUUUUUGGGUGAUCUUCAAGUGUUCGGACGUGGCAUUCCUAGGAGAUGAAAACAACGAUCACGAUGGAUCCUCGCACGGGACUCGACUAUAUUGUGGACAACAAGGACUAUGUGCAGAAGCUGGGCAGCGCCUUGGACACGGACAAUGUCACCGUGAAGAAGCAAGUCUUCGAACUCUUAUCAGCUCUCUGUGCGUACAGCACUGAGGGCUACAACCGUGCCCUGGAAACGCUCGAGCACUUCACGAAUCUCAAGAAGGAGCGCUACCGCUUCAAGAUCAUCGUCCGUGAGCUGGAGAGUUCCUCUCUGGCUGAAUACCAGAUGGCCCUGCUCGCCUUCAUAAACUGCCUCAUCAUCUCGGCUCCGACUCUGCAGAGGCGCAUCAAAGUCCGAAAUGAGUUCAUAGGGCUGAAUCUCCUCUCAGUGCUGAACAAUCUCAGGCCACUGGCGAAGAAUCUGCCCGACAUCAAAGUCCAGCUGGAUGUCUUUGACGAGCAGCGCGAGAGUGACGAGGCGCAGAACCUCCAAGAUCCGGAUGGGAUUAAUCUCAACUCCCAUCUGGAUGUCUUCUAUGCCAUCCUGCGCCAGGUCUCUGACACACCGCAGGGAAUUCCCUUCCUCUCGAUUCUGCAGCACUUGCUGCGCAUCGACCCCAAGGAAGCUGUCAGUGAUCUGAUCUGGGACACGGCAGAGACUCUCGUCCACCGGGCGACACUGCUGGAGAACCACGAGGACUCCGUGAGACUCCUUCGCGCGCCCAGCGUGCAGAAGAUCGUCUGUCCGCACUGUCGAACGGACAUCGGUGCUCCGCGGAAGCAAUCUAUCGUGCCAGGAGCUCUGCCCUCGCCUCCGCCUCCUCCGCCGCCCGCAGCCCUGCCUCCACCGCCGCCCCCGCCCGCCAUGGCUGAGCUGAAGCCCAUGGGAAUCCCUCCUCCGCCGCCGCCCAUGGCUGCCGCCCUCAAAGCCCCCGUUCAGGCGGCUCAAGCGCCGCAGCCCAAGACACCAGAACCUCCGGCAGAGCCACAGCAGCUCCUGCCGCAGCAGGAGACACCGAUUCCGCGCAGCAAGAUGAAGACCAUCAACUGGAACAAGAUCCCUUCGAACAGGAUCCUGGGACGUCACAAUAUCUGGUCCUCGUUGGCAUCGGCGCACAGCACGAAGGAUCAGAGCAAGACUCUGGACUUCGAGGAGAUUGAAGACCUCUUCUGCCAGCAAAGCACACCAAAUCCUCAAGCGUCACCCAAAUUGGGGCGCGACAAGACAGACACUCUCGAGCGGAAGAAGAAGGAGAACUCAGAGAUUAGCCUGCUGGAUGGCAAGAGGAGCCUGAAUGUCAACAUCUUCCUCAAGCAAUUCCGCAGUUCUAACGAGAACAUCAUCAAUCUCAUCAGAAAUGGCGAACAUGAAGAUGUCGGAGCGGAGAGACUCAGAGGACUGCUGAAGAUCCUGCCAGAAGUGGACGAACUGGAUAUGCUGAAGUCCUUCGACGGGGAUAAAUCACGCCUAGGCAAUGCAGAGAAGUUCCUCAUGGAACUCAUUCAUCUAUCAAACUACAAGCUGCGAAUCGAAUGCAUGCUUCUGAAGGAGGAAUUCGCAGCCAAUGUUGGAUAUUUGGAGCCCGCGAUCAGAGCGAUGCUCUAUGCGGGAGAAGAUCUUAUGACCAACAAAUCCCUCCAGGAAGUCCUCUACAUGAUCCUUGUUCUGGGGAACUUCCUGAACUCCGGUGGUUAUGCAGGAAACGCAGCCGGCGUCAAACUGACUUCGCUGCAGAAGCUGACAGACAUCCGGGCGAACAAGCCGGGAAUGAAUCUGAUCCACUACAUGACACUGCAGAUUGAGAAGAGCAAUCCGAAGCUCCUGGAUUUCCCUUCGGAACUCACGACGCUGGAAAACGCUGCAAAGACAAGCGUGGAACAGCUGAACAACGAACUCUACACUCUGUGCCAGAGAAUUGAGAAGAUCAAGAAGAGCGUCGACGCUCCGAACACAGACAAGGACAUCAAGAAGCAGAUGGUGGACUUCCUCAAGACGUCAGAGCACGAAGUCCACAUCCUCGAGCGAUACAUGUUGGAUCUGGAGAAGAUGAGGAUCAAGCUGGCGGAUUUCUUCGUUGAGGAAGUGAAGAGCUUCAAACUCGAGGAGUGCUUUAAGAUAUUCCAGAACUUCAGGGAGAAAUUCCGCUUAGCCGUCGUCGACAACGAGAGAAGACGAAUCCAGGAGCAACAAGCCAACUUCCGAAGGAAGCAGCGCGAAGAUCAGUUGGCAAUGAAGAGAAGAAAUUUGACUCCAGACUUGUCUCUCGGACUGGACAGUCAAAUCCUCGAUCCGAAUCUCUUGACAGGGAGUCCAGCGCUUCAGCGGCGCAGAAUCGGCUCAUUCACGAACAACAACGACCUGGCAUCGCCAAAAGAUCCCGGACCGUCGCCUGAGGGCACAUUGAGACGCAGGAAGAGUCGGAAUCUUAACGAAGAUGAGAGUUUGAUGGACUUCUUGCGCUCUUCUGGCCAUGACAACUUUUCGCGCGAGCGAAAGACUUCGUACGGAAGCCUGGAUCGCUCGUGGGCGAGACGAGCGAGGGCAGAAAAUGGUUUCAAGAAGCGUCCAGACUUGUUCCAUGUGGACUUCACAGCAGACCGCGAAAGAGCCAAUUCACCCUCGUCGCCUCUUCAGCCGCAUCCGAUUCCGACAAUCGAGAAGGACGCUGUUGCUGAUGAUGUCAAGCCCAGAAUUUCCAAGGAGUGGCACGAAAAGAUCCAAACGUGGCUACAGCACAACGAUCCUGACAGCAGGAAGAAACGUCUGUCGCAGAGGAAGUCUUAUGAGGAGGAUUCUGAAAACGAACGAAAACUUGAUCCUCUGCCGGAGGAGAAGGUUUCCCAGCCAGAAGUGACGCAGAGAAGGACGCCCAUGAAGUGGAAACCCUCAAAUACCAUCGAACUCACCGACGUGGUGGGCACGAUUGAGGCCAUCCAAGAAUCUCAACCAAAACCACGAGAACUCAGAAUCACGAGUCCCGACAACUCUCCUCGGAAGUCCCUGAUAUCUACCCUUGGCCAACGAAGUCCUGGCAUCCAGUCAUCCUCGAUCUUAUCGCAGGAUCUCCGGAAGAAGGACGACAUCGAUGCGGACAAUAGAGAGACUCCGCCAACGCCCAGAAAGAGUCUUCUUGGCACCGGAGACAACUUCAACGAUACAGAAUUCUUGGGCACCGGACAGUUCGAUAGAUUCUCAUCUGCCAGGAAGACCAGGCGCUUCAAGAGAUCCAAUUUCAACAUAGGAAGCAAUGCUGAAGAGGGCCAAGCGCCUGAAGAAGCCCCAAAAACACAGAUCUUCGUGGAAUCGUCAAAGCCAGUGGCGCUGGAGAAGAAACAGUUCGCACAGGAGGACAAGGAGGCGCGCCUGAAGCGCUGGCAGGAACGCCUCAAGAGUCUCGACGAUCCAGAUGCGGGCUUGAAGAAUCCACGGCGCUUCCAGAUCGGCGAGAAAGCGGGCGAGGGCGUGAGAAAUGCCACGAAGACGGCAAAUUGUGAGUUCAACGAUGAGGGAUUUGAGGAGUCUCAGAGCCUGGUGUCGGACACACUGUCGCAGGGCAAGGAGACGAGCUCAGGGAACGAGAACACAGAUCCUCAGGUGAAUGUGCGGGAGAAAUCGAGUGCAAUGGGUGGCGAGAGCGUGGAAGCGCCUAAGAGAAUCAGUGAUCUAAUGCCAAAACGAACCUACUCCAUGCGAAACAGUCCCUCGGCGCCCACAAUCCCGGCCGCUAAGCCGCUGUACAGAAGGAAUUCCCUUCGCAAGAACGACUCAAAGUCAUCAGUUACCAGUCUGUCGAGCAGGAACGUGGAGAGGAGCGGCUCACGAGGCAGCCUGAGGUCGUCGCGCUCCUCCCUGAACAGUGGAGUGUCCACCAGCACGGUGAAGAGACUCCCGGCCAAGCCGCCGCCAUCGCGAUUCACCCCAGCGCCGCUGCAAGAGAAGAAACCCUUCCAAACCGCCUCCCUGCGACUGUCCAGCAGCUCCAGUCGCGUCCCGGCCAGUCGCAGCAGCUCCAGCAACUCCAGCAUCGGCAGCACAUCCCUGCGCAUGAAGCCACAAUCGUCCGGCUACCCAAAAACCUCCCCCUCGGCGGACAAUCUCGCCAACGGCACCACAUUCCGCUCCCUGUCCGCAGCAAAGUUACCAAAUGCCGCGAGCGUGGCCAGUCGCCGGAACAACUUCAUGAGACCCACUGCGGCCUCCACCACCAAAGCCCAGACCCAGGCGCCGCCGUCCGGCGGCCAGAGCGCCCUGCUCAGGAGCCGCCUGAGGAAGUGACAACAACCU